AUGUCUGGACUGAUAGACGGUAUCCCUGACGCUGUUGCCCUCAGGUGCCUUGCACGGGUUCCCUUCUACCUUCAUCCAAAGUUGGAACUUGUUUCCCAGUCCUGGCGAGCAGCCAUUCGCAGUGCUGAACUUUUCAAAGCUCGACAGGAGGUCAACUCAUCUGAGGAUUAUAUGUGUGUGUGCGCAUUUGACCCUGAUAAUUUAUGGCAGCUUUAUGAUCCCCUGCACGACAUUUGGAUUACACUCCCUGUCCUUCCUUCAAAUAUCAGGCACCUUGCCCACUUUGGUGUGGUCUCAACCGCAGGAAAGCUGUUUGUGCUAGGUGGUGGCAGUGAUGCUGUUGAUCCAUUGACUGGUGACCAAGAUGGAAGUUUUGCGACCGAUGAGGUUUGGUCAUAUGACCCUAUCACUCGUCAGUGGACCUUGUGUGCAUCCAUGAUUGUGCCUCGUGCUAUGUUUGCAUGCUGUGUCUUGGAUGGAAAGAUCGUUGCUGCUGGUGGUUUCACUAGCUGCAGGAAAUCAAUUUCUAAAGCAGAAAUCUACGAUCCUGAUAAGGAUGUCUGGGACUCAAUACCUGAUCUGCACCACACUCACAAUUCUGCAUGCUCGGGAGUUGUUAUUGAGGGUAAGGUGCACGUCUUGCACAAGGGAUUGUCAACCGUGCAGGUCUUGGCUAAUGUGAAGCAGGGUUGGAUAGUUCAUGAUUAUGGUUGGCUCCAGGGUCCAAUGGCAGUGGUUCGAGGGAUGCUCUAUGUGAUGAGUCAUGGCCUAAUUUACAAGCAAGAGAGAGAAGCAAGGAAGCCAAUUGCUUCAGCAUCUGAGUUUCGGAGAAGAAUUGGGUUUGCAAUGAUUGGCUUGGGAGAUGAUAUAUAUGUGAUUGGAGGAGUAAUUGGGCCGGAACGCUGGAAUUGGGACAUCAAGAUGAUGUCUGAUGUUGAUUUUCUGACGCUUGGGAGUGAGAGAUCAAUUUGGCGUCAAGGGGCUCCUAUGACACGGUGCCGGGGAACAAUUCUUGGUUGUGCACAGCUGAGAAUUUAG